UGGGGAGGGGGCACGACGGAUUAGAACAUUUUCUUCAAAGUGGAGUACCGUAAACUUGAUAUGGACAGUAAAAAGAAAGACAAGGACAAACCUGAUGAGAGGAUGGCUAGGCCGAGUGGACGGUCGGGUGGUCACAACUCGCGGGGCAGCAGCUCCUCCAACUCGGGAGUCCUCAUGGUAGGACCCAACUUUCGUGUGGGCAAAAAAAUAGGAUGUGGCAAUUUUGGAGAACUUCGAUUAGGGAAAAAUUUGUACACAAAUGAAUAUGUUGCAAUUAAGCUGGAACCAAUGAAGUCCAGAGCACCACAAUUACAUUUGGAAUACAGAUUCUACAAGCAGUUAGGAUCAGGAGAUGGGGUACCUCAGGUUUAUUAUUUCGGGCCAUGUGGAAAAUACAAUGCAAUGGUGCUUGAACUACUGGGACCUAGUUUGGAAGACCUGUUUGAUCUCUGUGACAGGACGUUUUCACUUAAAACAGUUCUUAUGAUAGUGAUACAACUGAUUACCCGAAUGGAGUACGUCCACUCAAAAAACUUGAUAUACAGAGAUGUUAAACCAGAGAACUUCUUAAUAGGAAGACCGGGUAGCAAAAACCAGCAAAUUAUUCACAUUAUAGAUUUUGGUCUUGCAAAGGAAUACAUUGAUCCAGAGACAAAGAAGCACAUCCCUUACAGAGAACACAAGAGCCUUACUGGAACAGCCAGAUACAUGAGCAUAAACACCCAUUUAGGAAAAGAACAAAGUAGGAGAGAUGAUCUGGAAGCGCUAGGUCACAUGUUUAUGUAUUUUCUCAGAGGCAGCCUUCCCUGGCAAGGUCUAAAGGCAGACACUUUAAAAGAAAGGUAUCAGAAAAUAGGGGACACAAAGAGGUCGACGCCAAUAGAAGUAUUAUGUGAGAAUUUUCCAGAGGAGAUGUCUACUUACCUACGCUAUGUUAGAAGGUUGGACUUCUUUGAAAAACCAGACUAUGACUAUUUGCGGAAGCUCUUUACAGACUUGCUUGAUCGAAGGGGUUUUAUGUUCGAUUACGAGUACGACUGGAUUGGCAAACAGCUUCCGACUCCAGUGGGUCCAGUUCAAACAGAUGCUGCUCUGUCCUCUUCAACCAGAGAUGCACAUCAGCACAAGGAUAAAACACAGCAAGCCAAAACUCAGUCGACAGAACACAGGGCAGCUUGGGAGCCCCAGCAGACCAAUUCUCACCAAUUGAGAGCUCAUCUAGCAGCUGACAGACAUGGUGGCUCGGUACAGGUGGUUAGCUCAACAAACGGGGAGCUGAACACAGAUGACCCAACCGCAGGACACUCAAAUGCACCCAUCACAGCACCUGCAGAAGUAGAAGUAGUGGAUGAGACAAACUGCCAGAAAGUGUUGAACAUGUGGUGCUGCUGCUUUUUCAAGCGAAGAAAAAGGAAAACAAUUCAACGUCACAAAUGACUCUGGAAGAGCGCAGACCAUGGGGAAUUACUUGCAUGUUCAUCUGCUGUCUCGUGAUAACUAAAUCCAUCUCUGCAGUGAGAAAAAAAAAAACAUUCUCAAAGGAUUCCUCCUUAAUUUUUUUUUUUUUUUUUUAUAAAUUCAUCCCAGUCAUCUGGAAGCUUUUAAAGAUUCAUCGAGAUAUUACUAUUUAUUUUGGAAUUUAAAUUGUAAUACCACAGUGCGCGCUGUGUCUCUGGCAUUUGGCAACGUUAUUUGAUAAGCGCAUAAGGGGAUAUAUUUAUAUAUUUCCCAGUCAUAUAUGUAGGGGGAACAUUGCAGUGAAUUUUACAAUGAUAAAAUCCAUGGAUAUAUUGCUAACUGAUUGUAAGAACAAUCAGAGGGGGAGAGGGGGAGGAGCAGGAGGAUAUAAAGAUUUCCAUCUUCAUUGCCAGUUUCUUUUGUUUUUCAUUACUGCACUGAUUUUAUUUGAUUUUUUCAGUAUUGUGGUACUGUACGUUUUGUGUUUUGGUGAAGCAUUACAUUCUUUAUUCUUACUGCAAUGCAGUUGAUACAGUCACUGUCCAGAUGUACCUAGGAACAAGUGAACAGAGAUGCAGAUUCUUUUCAACAGAUGGAGGACCUUAGUGCGUCUUCUGCAGUACACAUAGCAUGGGAUGGCCCUGGACUCGAAUCGUGCUUCAGUUGUACCUCGAGUGGAAGUACAGUGUAGUAGAAACAGCAGCAUGUGCUUGUACAGUUUUACAAACUGUUUGUUUUAUGUGACUUGUGCUUCCUGAAGAAUUUUGUUUUGAGAUGGAACAAUACAGUACGUUAACAGAGACUAAAACAAAAAAAAAAGACUAAAAAGACUAAAAAAAAAAAAAAAAAAAAAAGUAUGUAAAUACAUGAAUCAAUUACACAUUUUAGGGAAUGAAGUUGAGAUUUGGAGCAAAAAGGAACAUUGGGAUUCAUUAAUGAAUGUAUACCUGGACAAUGUUGGCGUAGCGUUAGACCAAAAUGUCUUUUAAAACUGGAGCUUAUGCCUGUUGCUGGACAACACUGAUUACCCUCCGUUAGAUGACAACCUGGAUGUGCCAUGAAAUGGUGUUUAACUCCGCCUGUACAAUAAUUUGCGUUUUGGUGAAUGGCAUACCAAGAACACAAUGGAAGUGGGUCAGAUAAUACUGCCUUCUGCAUACACUAUGUAUGGUACCUAAGCUCUGCUCUAAACCUCUGACGCUGCCAGGGAGAAUUGACCGUCAAGAGGCUUUACAGAAAAGAUGGGCCUGGUACCCCCCACCCCCACACAGUCCCUUGAAGUGCCUGCAUUAUGAACAAACCAGCUCUUCUUCGAUAAUAGGCAAUUCAUUCCACUUUCAAUUCUGUGGUAUGACUUGGACAAUAAUGGAAAAAUGUGUGCAAAAAGGUUAUAGACCUUUCUUUUUUUGACUGCUGAGAGUUUUGUAAAAUUAAAAUUGAAAUGGUCCUGAAACAACUAGACCACAAAUUUAAUAUUUUUACAAUAUUUACAACUUUUACCCAAUGGGGACACAGACUAGUUAACACUUGUAUUGUGCCAUUCGAGUGCAGAAAACGAUGAGCUGAAGCCUCUAUGCACGCACAUCUUUGAAUUCAUUAUUGUAUUUAGAUUACAGGGAUCCUUGUCCUUUGAAUUCAUUAUUGUAUUUAGAUUACAGGGAUCCUUGUUUUCGCUUUGUAGAUUUUUGUUUCCCCUUUAAUAGCCAGCCAUGCAGUAGAUUGGUUUAAUAGUGGGUUUAUGAUUUUUGUAUUAACCUGUAAUCUAAUAGUCCUCCAUCUCUGUGGCAUUCACUCCACACUAUUUGAUCUUUCAGGAAAUCUUACAUUGCUUUGUUUUGAGUCUGUAUGGAGUGUUUUCUUGUGUCCUUUAAUCAGAAAUGUCAGAACUAGCUCAUUUUAAUGUUUAAUAAUGUCUUACUUUGGAAAGCUGUUAUGCUGUAAAUUCCUGUUUUUGGACUACAAAUAAUAAAACAUGUAAAAGAUAUAGUUGGGAGGGUGGGGGGCGCUUAAUAGACCACACUGAAACCACCUCAGUCUCUGCAGUAUUUGACCAAAUCUUUCUUUUACCUUCUAAUUGUGUGUAAAUACGUGCAGUAUGAUUUCUGUAUUCAGUCAUACUUUUUUUUUUUUUUGGGGUAGGUCCCCCUUUUUGCCUGUACAGUGUUUAUGCAAUCUGGACUUGUCACAGGUAGCAAGGUGUGUGUCUCUCUCUCUGUGUAGAAUUAAUCUAAUUAUGGACUAUAAGCUUAAUAAAAUAAAUCUUUUCAUUUUGCUGCAGUGGAAACCAGUGGAUAUACACCUGCUUGUUAGCAAUAUUUCAAGUAAUGUGUUUGUAUGCCCAGGAAGUUUUUCUGGCAUUGCAUACUGGUCAUGAUUGGGUAACGCAGCUGUGUUUCGUUUAGGCCGACCAAUAGUGUGCAUUCAUUGCUUUCCUAUGCAUACUAAUGAAGUCAAAUAUGCCUGACUGUCUAAGUAAUGUAAUACGUCCCUGUUUAAGAAUAUGUAACUGAGGAAACAAUUAAUAAAAGUAGUUUUUUUAAA